GUAUGUUGUCCCCUCCACGUACAAGCUUUUGAAACGCCCACAACGUACAGCUUUUGAAAAUCCAUCACCAUAAAAAGAGUCCCCUCCAUCUUCUCUACAAAACCCCAUUUAAAAAUAUCAGGAACGGACAACCUUCGCCGGUGACCACCACGCCGGAGCUUGCAACCACCGCGCCGGGAAAGGGCUUACGUGUUUUCAUCCCAAUCUUGUAUGUUGUCCAGAUCUGGGUCAGAAUUUUGACACAAACACUUAAACCUGGGUUGUUGUCUUCAUCAAGGACCAAUAACCUAGAGGCCCCUAAAGUGGUUGUUAAAACGGUGGAUGAAAUAAUUUGAUACAUAAGAAGAUGGCAUCAAAGCAAAUGGAAGCGAUUCAGAAGAAAUUAGGAAUGCUAAAUUAUCCAAGGGCAAAUGCAUCUGCUCAGUCCCUUUUAUUUGCUGGCAUGGAGCGCUAUGCCCUUCUCGAGUGGCUAUUCUUUCGGCUAUUAGGUGAUAAGUCACCCUUUUCUCAACAAAACUUACAAGGGGAUGCCCUUGACCGUGACGAGGAGACAGCUCGAAUUCAAUAUUUGGCAGAAAUUGCUAAGUUUCUGGGCAUUACAACGACCGUAGAUACCGACGCAAUUCAAGGACAUGGAAGCUAUGAGGACCGCACUGAAAUGCUUCGUCUAAUUGUAGAUCUAGUGGAGGCAACCAUAUAUGCUGAUAAUCCAGAAUGGAGUGUUGACGAGCAGGUAGCCAAGGACAUUCACUUGAUAGAUUCCAUUGCAGAAAAACAGGCACAAAUAUUUUCUGAAGAAUGUAAAUUGUUUCCCGCAGAUGUUCAGAUUCAGUCCAUAUAUCCCUUGCCAGAGGUCGCUGAGCUGGAGUCAAAGCUUACUGAACAAUCAAAAAUAUUAUUGAAUCUUCAACAAAAAGUUGAUGACUUGGCAUCGAAGCAUGCUUAUAAUCCAGAUGAGGAGUACACAGAGGUGGAAUCUCAACUGCGGGCACAUUUGGAAUCUUUCCUAGAAACAGCUAGAACAUUCAACAUGAUUUACACCAAGGAAAUUCGUCCAUGGACACAUAUGAUGGAGGUUCCACAACUACAUGGGUUUGGACCAGCUGCCAAUCGGUUAUUGGAGGCAUACAAAAUGCUUCUAAAGUUUUUAGGGAACCUACAGAAUCUAAGAGACUCGCACGCUGCACUUGCUUUUGGAUCCUCUGAAACAUCAGGAGGGCCGUCUUCUGUCUCAAGAAUAAUCUCUGAAUGUGAAUCUGAAAUGACAGUCAUAAAUCGAGAUCUUGGAAUUCUUUCCGCUUCCAUUGCUCGUGAACAUGGAGAGAAAAUGAGCAUUUGAUGAAACAAUGAGAAUAAGAUUAACCCUGAAGUCUUACUCUUUUGUAUUUUGUGAUCUUUUUUAUGAAAAUAUUGUUAUCUUGUGCAUAAUAUGCAUAUUGUUGACAUGAGAUAUGAAUGUGACAGAGUCUGAAUAGCUGCAUUAUCCGUAGGAACUUAGGCUUAGUGAUGUUUGUACAUUAUUAAUUACUUGUGCAAUUUUAAAAAUCACAGUUUAAAAAUCA